UCUUUCUGCGCGGUCUCCCAGCCGUGGCCGAAAGGGCUUCUGCGUCCCCGCGAGGUGGAAAUCUCCCGGGCUUCUCGGCAGAAGUCCCUUUUCCCUUGGCAGAAGCCACGUGGGCGCAAUCCCCUCUGACAACCCUCGGUCGUUUGCCUGGUGUUUUCAAGGAUGUCUGAACUCAGUCCUUCCCGGAAGGGGCCCAAAAGCUCCUUACAGGCCAAGAUCCAGUGUUGCAUCUUAAGACGUCUGUUCACUGAGUGGGAAUUGGUCAGCCUUCUUGUUAAGCUAGAACACCCUCAAGAUGUCUGGAAUCUCAUUUGCACCUUCAAAUGUAUCUGAGGGCUCAGAAGGCUCUGAAGAAAUUUACAGGGCCCGGAUGUUAUCUCAGCAAACAGGAGAUGUGUUUACAAUACCAUCUGCUAAGUCUAGCUCUAGACCAGACACCAAGUCAGGGUCUGCUCAAGUCAAAGAUUUGCUCUUGGAAACAAACCCAUUUAAAGUCCCAGCAGAUAUUGAUAUUUUCUUGCUGCGGGACAAACAGAAAGAAAAGGCCAGAAUGGAGCGAGAGCAACGGAAGACUCUGAAGGUCCAUGAGAAGAUGACUUGCUGCACCCUGCAGAGUGCCAAACAGUCGGGGUUCAAGAAAGAGAUCCAGAUGGAAGAAGAAGCUGAGGACAAAGAGUUAGCAGCAGAAGCUGAACGACUCAAAGCUCUCCGAGAAAGCAUCUCUUGGAAAAUAGCAAUUACUAAAGACCAGGUUGUAGAGAGAGAGACCAUGCAUGACUACAUCAAUCAGAAACGGCAGAUGUUCUUGCUGCAGUAUGCUGUAACUGUCAAAAAAGAUGAAAUUCAGAAACUGGAAAAUCUGGCAGUGGAAGAAGAAGCAAAGCUGGAAAAAGCUGAGGAAGACCUAGAAAGGGAUGCUGCCAUGUUUGAUGAGUUCCUGAAAGAGAAUGACAGAAACUCUGCACAAGCCCUGAAAAUUGCUGAAAAAGAAACCAAAGCAAAACUGGAGAAAAUAAUUGAGAUCCGAGAGCUGACAGCACAAAUGAUGAACAUCCAAAGUGAGAUAGCCCGGUUUGAGGACACUUUGCAGGAGUAUGUGGUGUUCAGGGAUUUCCUCUACCAACUGUCUCCCAAAGAAUGGCGGGAUGAUUAUGAAAGACGACGGAUGAAAGAAAAGGCAAUUAAACUCAAUUCUGACAUUAAAGAAGAAAAAAGUUCAUCAGCACUAUCAAAAGGGAAGGAUGUUCGAGAUCUUCGAGACAAGAGCCGACGGCGAGCAACAAGCCUAACAAAGCAUUCCAGUUUUGAUCUAAUUAAUACAGACCUUAGCUCUUCCAGAACUCCAAGCCAAAUUUUAUCUAAAAAAGAGUCUCUCAAAGUAAUCCGAGUAUCUUCUAGGCAGACUGUAAGGUCUCAACAAAGCAGAAGACAGAGUGUUCAGAUUGCCGUAUCAGAAGAAAAAAUUACUCCAGAAUUAUCUGAUGAAGAAGAUGAUGAGGUACCUGAAUUAUGCUUUACAGAUCCACACCAACUGCUGCACCUUUUCACAGAGCUGGAAGAACAGAACUUGUCUCUGAUUCAGAAUUCUCAGGAGACAGAGGAAACCUUGGAUGAGCUUCGACAUACUUUGGUUAACACACGCAAUAAAAUGGACUGUGAAAUAGAACAGUUGAAACUGCUUGCUGUCACUCUGCAAGCCAACAUUAUCAAAGAGGAGGAGACAGCAGCAGACCUUGAACUUAAAGCACGCGUCUUUUCUUUUGGGGAAUAUAAAGCAGAUGUUCAGGAUAAAAUGUUGGUGAGUUUGCAUCGAAAGGUGCUAGAAGUCUAUCGUCGCUGCAUUGGAGAGAAUGAGGCAAACCUAGGAACCUUGCAGAUGCUUACUGUUAUAGAACACCAGUUAGAUGAUUUACUAGAAUGCCUUGAGAGGGUACCUCAAACAAAGAUAGAACAAGCUGAGAAAGCCAAAGAGAAAGAACGAAGGAUGAGGAUGAGAGAAGAAAAGAUCAGGCAGCAGAGACUGCUGCAGGAAGAGCGGUUGCAGCGGGCCCUGGCAAGAGCCCGAGCUGAUGUUAAGAAGAAGACUGGCAGAAGACUCAUUUUUCGUUCUGAGCCUCCUGCAUUCAAGGAAAAAGAAAAUGAGGAUCAGGGGCUGAUUGAUAAAGAAAAAGAAGAGCUGCUCUAUUACUUUACUUAGCAGUUGAAAGCUGGAAGAAAUUACGAAACGAACAGCAAGUGACAAACUAACAAAGAGAAAAUGUGUCAGUGGAUAGUCUGCAAAUUGGAGGAGAAAGCUAUCCUAUCCCAAGUAUAGUGAACACAGCAGAUCAAAAUAUAGAUGACAUCUGUUCAUAGCUGUACACUAGAAAUCCAAAUUUUGCUCAAUUUUUAUUGUCUGUAAAAUAAUAGAUAGAAAACCUGUCUACCAAAGUGAACCAAAAGAUCGUAAUCAGACUUGCAGCUAGGAAAAUGAAUGUACCACUAACAUGUAUGAAUUUCUUU